AUGUUGGACAAGCACAGUGAAAAUGAAAAUGUUUGGUUUGAUUAUGGCCAGUGGUGUGAAACAAAGCUGAAAGUGCACUCGAUCACGUGUCGUGUUUACAAACAAGCUGUGCGUCAUUGUCCCUAUAGCUGUGCGUUGUGGCAGCAAACGCUGCUUGCGUUAGAACGAGCGGGUACGCCAGCUGCUGAAAUCGAUGAGUUAUGGCAAAAAGCCCGUGAAACUAUUAGCUCGGCCGAUGAUGGAAGGGCAUUGUAUCGCACGUAUAUUUACAUACUACGUCGCCGAGCAGAUGCCAGCGAUAAAGAUUUCUCAAAGGUCGCGGAAGUUUUCGAAGAAGGAUCUCGGAAUCUUGUAGAAUGGUUUGGGAAGCAUGAUUGGGAUCCACAGGCUGUGUAUCGGCGCAAUUGGGCGUACUUUGCCUACAACAAACUGAAAGAUUUCGAAAAGGGCCAUAAAAUUUGGGAGGAUAUUCUCGCGUCUGGGGGCGGGCGCUUUGCUGAGAAAUGGAUUGAAGCAGUGAAGUUGGAAAGGCAAUUUGGGACUGCAGAAGGUGCCAGAAAACUUCUCUACAAGGCUCUCAACUCUGUUUCCGAUCAUCCGACUGUUGUGUUCGAAUAUUUUAUUCAAUUUGAACGAGAGGAAGGUACUCUGGAACAGCUUGACAGAGCUCUCGAAAAGACACUUUCACUGACUUGGUGUCUGCUUCAGAAAGCAUGUCCCCCUGAAUUUGCCAGUCCAUCUGGAAUUGUAGUGAAUGCUCAAGCUUUGCUAAGAGCCAGCCGGGUGCAAGCGCAAAAGCCCAAAGAGGAAACGGCUAGCAAGAAGGUGCACGGAAAAGAGAGACGUGGUGCUGAGAACGCGUUUGAAUCAAAGGCUACCUCUCGCAAAAGGGCAGGCUCUGGUCCCGAAGAGGUUGUUCCAUCGAAAAAACAGAUUUCCGAAGCUCCUCCUGUGAAGUCAACUACUGUGGAACAACAGGCGCCGAAAGACAAGGACGGGUUCGCAAUGCCGAUGCUCCCAGUAAAAAAGGCAAGUUACAGAAUUUACACCAACUCCUCAGCAACUUCAGCACCGGGUUCAUCUGGACAGUCCACCACAGCGCCCACUGAUGAACAGAAGAAAUUCACGGUUUUCGUUUCCAAUCUAGACUUCAAAACGACACCUGAACAAGUCAAAGAGGUGUUGGAAGGUGUUGUGGAAGUACGUUUGGUGUAUCGCGGAAUGAGUAAAUUGACUAAAGGAUAUGGUUUCGUCGAUCUUGAUUCCAAGAAAAGUUUUGAUGAUGCGCUAGCGAAGGAUCGGAUUCCCAUCAAUGGAAGACCAAUGCUGGUGAGUGAUGAACUCGACAAGCACUUUGUGCAGGAUGCUGAUUUGACGCUGGUUAAGAUUUCGAUAUGCAAUCCUGAAAAGCGACAUACUUUCAAGUAUGCUACCGAUUUGGAGAAAUCAAAGCUGUUUGUUCGGAAUGUCCACUAUGAUUGUACAGAAGAACAAUUACGGGAUGCUUUCAAAGUGUUUGGCGAAGUGAAAGCUGUUCGCAUAGUCACUCACAUCUCAGGAAAACCAAAAGGAGUUGCUUACGUUGAGUUUACUAACGAAGAUGAUGCUCGCAAAGCUGUGCUAGAGCCAGAAAUCAUCCUGCUUGAUCGCAAACUGCAUGUGGCAAUUUCGAAUCCACCAAAGAAGCCAGCAAAAGAAGAACCCAAACAGUCAUCUUCAACUCCCAUUGCCAGCACUUCUACUGAUAGAAAAACCCACUUGACGAUGAUCCCAAGAGGAGUAAAAUCGUCAUCGGCAAAAGCUGUUAACGGAGUGAAUAGUGCUCCAAAGAAAGCUAUGAGCAAUGAUGAAUUUAGGCAGAUGCUCAACAAAUGA